UACAGGAAAUGGACUCUCAGUGCGCCGGCUCCUUUCUAAAUGGUCUUUGCUACUGGUAUGGACUCCUGUCCCGGUAAUGUGUGUCAUUCAAAUAUGUUUUCAGGGUCUGUUUACGCGGUAAUAGCCGGCAUUUUGGGGGCCACUGCCUCUCUGUCUGCCAAGCUGUCACUCGGGCCAGACUACCUGAGAGAGAUGUGUGAGUCGGGGCUCAGCGGCUGGGCUGAAACGGACUGUGGAUCCGCAACAUGUGACUGGCUCCACAUCCCCCUGCGGCUGUUGUGUGGAGGCCUGCUGUUCACCUGUAAUGCUGUCAUGUGGGCCUUCUUCUCCAAGGCCCUCCGACACUGCUCCUCUUCAGCCAGGGUCACAGUCACUACCACGGCAUCCAACUUCAUCUCCUCAGCCGUCCUGGGGAGGGUGAUUUUUGGAGAGUUUCAUGCAGUUCUAUGGUGGGUGGGAAUCUCUCUCACCCUGUGUGGACUGCUGAUGCUUCAUGGAUCAACACCUCAGACGCUCCCACAGGGGGAGGGCAAAAGCACAGCUAAUGUAGCUUUGACUCAUCAAAGCAUACAGCCACUGCUCUUCAGUCACAACAACCUGGGACCAGACUCCAUCAGAGACGCAUGAUAAUGGAAUUUCUCAGGCACUUAAAAGUGGAAAUUCAAGGAUAAUUUAUUGUCAUUGUGCAAAUGCAGUUGUAGCUUAGUCCAUUAUGCUACACAGAAAACAUGACAAAACCGAACAAUAACAGUAGUUGUGUUCUGUUUGCAACAGAAAUGUAAACAAACAAAAACAAUGGUGAAUUCUCUGGCCAGAUAAUAUGGCCGGUAUCUUUAACAUUAAUACAUUUGACGUCAGGUGUUUGCCCGCACAGGCUCUCACAGACUCGAAGAUGCUGCACUCCAACCAACGCACUUCUUUCUCCGUUGUUUAUGAGUGUAUCUCAUAUGCCAAACAUGCUCCAGUAAAAUAAGACAACAAUUAAAACAAAUGUAGCAAAGUUCAUGGGAGCUACCGGCCACUGGAUUUAAAUGCGCCACCGUUGCUCCAGCAACAUAUGUUGCUUAUGUAAGUGCAAUUAAAUCAGCAGACUGUUGCACAGAGAUGAUGGUACAUGCAGCACAUCAGUCCCAGUUACCAAUUUAGAGUAUAAUGUGCAUUGAUUGUCUGUUUCGGAGGUUGGUGUUUUCUUUAUUUCCCCUCUGUGACAGUAUCGAGGUGACUGGGUUACUGAGGUCAGCAGAUGUAUUGGAGUCCAACUUUCUACUCACAUUUUGGCCUCUAACUCUUGAACUGUUUACAUCUUGGUGAAGAUUAGUACAAUGUGGUCAACUUUACUAAUUAUGAAAGCAAUGUUGCACUAUUAAAAGGAAACAUCAUUGCACAACUGAUUUUGAUGGAUUCUGAACAGAAUGUUGACACCCUAAGAAUUAAGCAGUGACAAGGAAAUUGAUAUGGUGGCAAUAAUACAAGAACAUGAAAUUACUGUCACUCAAAAUGUAUUAGUAGAUAUACAAGUCCUCAUUGUACUUGUGGGAAAUCAUUCCAAACACCAGAGACAAUUUGUACUGGUUAAAUGUAGUGAGUUGCAUUUGUGGUCAAAAAACAAUACAGCAUUUAAACUUGCACUGUGAAAUGUAGAGACUUAUUAUAUAAGAAUCGUACGAGGAUUUAUGCUGAAGGUGUGUUUAUUUUAUAUAAAAUCCAAAAAUAAAGGGUGUCUACUUUAUUUAAAAGGAGACAUAUCUCACUUUA